CGUAAUCAUCUGGUGCCACGCGUGUUGUUUUGAAGUAGACACAGAGACUAUGGCAGUGUUGUUGGAGACGACGUUAGGAGACAUUGUUAUUGACUUAUAUACGGAUGAAAGACCACGAGCUUCCUUGAAUUUUUUGAAGUUAUGCAAGAUAAAAUACUACAACUACUGUCUUAUUCACAAAGUCCAAAGAGACUUUGUAAUACAGACUGGGGAUCCAACCGGUACUGGUCGGGGUGGAGAUUCAGUUUUUGUUAAACUUUAUGGUGAUCAAGCUAGAUUUUUUGAUGCAGAGAAAGUGCCUCGCAUCAAACACAAGAAAAGAGGAACAGUGUCCAUGGUGAAUAAUGGGAGUGAUGAGCAUGGAUCACAGUUUCUUAUUACAACCGGAGAGAACUUGGAUUACCUGAAUGGAGUGCACACUGUAUUUGGUGAAGUUACAGAAGGCAUGGAUGUCCUGGCAAAAAUAAAUGAAGUUUUCGUGGAUAAAGAUUUUAUCCCAUACCAGGAUAUAAGAGUAAACCAUACAGUUAUACUUGAUGACCCUUUUGAUGAUCCAGUUGGUUUACAAAUACCUGAUCGCUCCCCAGAACCAACCAAGGAGCAGCUGGAUAGUGGCAGAAUUGGAGCUGAUGAAGAUAUUGAUACCGACAAAGGUAAAACUACGGAGGAGCUCGAUGAACUUGUUAAAGACAAAGAAGCAAAAACACAGGCCAUUCUUUUGGAAAUGAUAGGAGACAUACCUGAUGCAGAUAUUAAACCCCCAGAAAAUGUACUGUUUGUUUGUAAACUGAAUCCUGUCACAACAGAUGAAGAUCUAGAAGUCAUAUUUUCACGUUUUGGAGAAAUUAAAAGUUGUGAAAUCAUUCGAGACUGGAAAACAGGAGAAUCCCUGUGCUAUGCUUUCAUUGAAUUUGAAAAGGCAGAAGACUGUGAAAAGGCUUAUUUCAAGAUGGACAAUGUACUUAUUGAUGAUCGUAGGAUACACGUUGAUUUUAGCCAGUCUGUGGCCAAAAUAAAGUGGAAAGGAAAAGGGGGAAAGUAUACAAAAGAUGACUUUAAAGCAUAUGAGAAAGAUGUUGAGCAACGUUCUAAGUUGGUUCUCAAGGAAAAAGCUAAACCCAGACAGGAUUCUAGUUAUAAUCUCCUGUUGGAUGAAGAUGAAGAUGGUGCCGGAUCAAGCCAUCAGUCUUCAGGAAAAAAACAUAAAAUGAAGAAACAUCACCAUUCUGAUUAUGACGGUGGAAAGAAGUCAAAGAAAUCAAAGGAUUCUCACCGCUAUAGCUACAGUCCAGAGGAGCAGCAUCUUAAAAGAAAGAAUGAGAAGAAGGCAGAGCGGCACCGAAGCCGAUCACGUGAUCGAGACAGCCACUAUAAAUAUAGCAGAGACCGAAGCAGAAGCCCCAGAAAGGUUAAAGACAAAGAGCGUAGCCACCACAGAUAGAAACUGGUGGUUUUUAUACAGAGGUAUAUACAUUUUUUUGUAAAGGGAAAACAAAAUUAAACAUUCAGCUGUUUAGUUAAU